CCCCCCCAACUCUCUCUGCAGCUCACAAAAACCCAUCAAAGCCCUAAUUCCAAAAAUUUCACUGGAAUUAAAAGCUAAAUCAACCUUCGGAAUUAAAAGCUAAAUCAACCUUCAUUCCCUUUUUACCUUCACUCUAGCACCUGAAAAUUUGUCAACUUUUGCACUUCCAUUUUGUCAUUUUCCAUUUCCUCACCAUAAAGCUUUUUUUUUUUUCUUUUUUGUUACUGUUUUCCGAGAUUUAUUACGACUCUUCGUUGAUUUUUUUUUUUUGGUUAAUGUAUGGGCUUAGCGCUUUGCUAAGUAGUGUGUUAAUGUUGGUUAAGAGCAGAUUAAUAUGACACAACCGUCGGUGAUACUUGCAACGGCUAGCUAUGAUCACACAAUUCGUUUUUGGGAGGCCAAAAGUGGCCGCUGCUACCGUACUAUUCAAUACCCGGAUUCGCAUAUCAAUCGGCUUGAGAUAACCCCAGAUAAACGCUUCCUGGCUGCAGCUGGUAAUCCUCACAUUCGAUUGUUUGAUGUUAAUUCAAACAGCCCUCAACCAGUGAUGAGCUAUGAUUCACAUACUAAUAAUGUGAUGGCAGUGGGGUUUCAAUGUGAUGGAAAUUGGAUGUAUUCGGGAUCUGAGGAUGGCACAGUAAAAAUUUGGGACUUGAGGGCUCCAGGUUGUCAAAGAGAAUAUGAAAGCCGAGCAGCUGUCAACACAGUUGUACUGCACCCGAACCAGACUGAACUUAUAUCUGGGGACCAGAAUGGGAAUAUUCGUGUGUGGGAUUUAACAGCAAAUUCAUGCAGCUGCGAAUUGGUGCCAGAGGUCGAUACUGCAGUACGGUCUCUAACUGUAAUGUGGGAUGGGAGCUUGGUCGUUGCUGCAAAUAAUCACGGGACAUGUUAUGUUUGGCGCUUGCUGCGAGGGACCCAGACUAUGACAAACUUUGAGCCACUUCAUAAGCUGCAAGCACAUAAGGGAUAUAUCCUUAAGUGCCUUCUUUCGCCCGAGUUCUGUGAGCCACAGAGAUAUCUAGCUACUGCAUCUUCUGAUAACACUGUCAAGAUAUGGAAUGUUGAUGGCUUCACAUUAGAGAAAACUCUAAUAGGACAUCAACGCUGGGUAUGGGACUGUGUGUUCUCCGUAGAUGGUGCCUAUCUUAUAACAGCUUCGUCUGACACAACAGCGAAACUUUGGAAUAUGUCAAACGGUGAAGAAAUCAAGGCUUAUCAGGGACAUCAUAAAGCAACUGUUUGUUGUGCUCUCCAUGAUGGAGCCGAACCCUCUCCUUCGUGAAUCUUCGUGUAUGAGCAUGUGGCAGUAAACAUUUUUGUACAUUGAUUAAACAUGUAUCCCUUGAAUGAAAAGAUCAGUUGUUCUGUAAUGGGAUACGGGUCAUUGUGAUAAGUCAACAUGGUUUUUUGCCAAUAAUAAUUGCUCUGGAAAAAGUUUUACUCU